GUGAGCGUCAAAAAAAGGGCUAAAUAAAGGAAGAGGCGCACGCACUUGCCAGUUUUCACCAUGGCAGAUGAUUUGAAGAGGUACCUGUACAAACAGCUGCCAACGGUUGAAGGCCUCCAUGCAAUAGUAGUAACAGACAGAGAUGGAGUUCCUAUAAUCAAAGUUGCCAAUGACAAUGCUCCAGAGUAUGCUCUGCGACCAGGCUUUCUCUCAACAUUUGCGCUGGCCACAGAUCAAGGCAGCAAGCUGGGUCUGUCCAAAAAUAAGAGCAUCAUUUGCUACUACAACACAUAUCAGAUUGUGCAAUUUAACCGAUUGCCCUUAGUGAUCAGCUUCAUUGCAAGUAGCAGUGCCAACACAGGUUUGAUCAUCAGUUUGGAGAAGGAGCUUGUUCCACUGAUAGAGGAACUGAGACAGGUGGUUGAGGUUGCCUAGAAGACAGAGAGCUUUAUAACCACUGCAGUGUAUACCUGGACCAGAUCAAGACACACAUACAUAUAUGCACCUUGGACAUUAUUAUAAUAAUAGUAUGAUGUUGGCUGUGAACUUGGAUUUCAUGUUAGUUGCUCUUGAUGCUGUAUGUUUCUCUUUUGAAUGUAACCCUGUCUGGUUGUAUUUUUGAUUUCUUCUAAUUAAUAAAUUUGUUUAUGACUUUGAUGUACAAAA